CGCCCAGCCCGCGCCCCUCGGGCAGCUCUUCUCAUUGGUCGAAGACACCCCUUCUGAUUUCUCAUUGGGUGCUGCACUUUUCCUCCACCCCCAACCCGGACCGCGAGCGGCAGCGGCUGGGGACGUCGCUCUAAGUCCCCACGCUGGAGUAGAGGCUUGGCUCUGCUCGGCCAGGGACGAGGAGCGCACUGAGAACUCUACUUUCUUCUGAGCCCGAGCCCAGCAAAUGGGCGAAUGAGGAAGGGGAGCAGGGACAUGGAUUGCUAUCUGCGUCGCCUCAAACAGGAGCUGAUGUCCAUGAAAGAGGUGGGGGAUGGCUUACAGGAUCAGAUGAACUGCAUGAUGGGCGCGCUGCAAGAACUGAAGCUCCUCCAGGUGCAGACAGCCUUGGAACAACUGGAGAUUUCUGGAGGCGCGCCGGCCUUCAGCUGCUCCGAGAGCUCACAGAAACAGCCCGAGUGCCCCCGCUGGCAGGGUAGGGACAGUCCUACCAGAUCUGUGGCCUGUCCUUCCUCCAGUCAGCCUUCUUUUGACAGCAGCCCCAAGUUUCCAAGCCAAAGGACUGUCUGUGGGGAGGAUCUUGCGGUCCUUCCCAAGACACAGCUGCCUGAGCACGAAAGCGGUACCCAAAGAGGGCAGGAGUGGGUGGAACCAGAUGACUGGACCUCUACGUUGAUGUCACGGGGCAGAAAUCGGCAGCCUCUGGUAUUAGGGGACAAUGUUUUUGCAGACCUGGUGGGCAACUGGCUAGACUUACCAGAACUGGAAAAGGGCGGGGAGAAGAGUGAGACUGGGGAACCCAGAGAGCCCAAAGGAGAAAAAAGCCAGUCUCGGGAGCUGGGUCGCAAGUUUGCCCUAACAGCUAACAUUUUUAGAAAGUUCUUGCGCAGCGUGCGGCCUGACAGAGACAGGCUGCUCAAGGAGAAGCCAGGCUGGAUGACACCCAUGGUCUCAGAAGCACGAGCAGGACGCUCGCAGAAAGUCAAGAAGAGGAACCUUUCCAAGGGCUCCGGACGGUUUCCAUUCUCAAGCACGGGAGAGUCCAGACACAUUGAAACCCCUGCCACAAGCAGCCCCAAGGCCUUAGAACCCUCCCGUGGGGGCUUUGACAUUAACACAGCUGUCUGGGUCUGAAUUCGAGAGAGACGCUGGCUGAACCUAAAAGGCGGUCUCAUAACUGGGCCCUGGGGGGAGAGGGAGGGCAGAUGGCGUGGUCUUCAGGCCAGAUGCAAGUUCCCAUCCUCAGAAAGAAAGGAAAGCAGAGUUCUUAGUCAGGCCUCACCAGAACAGUGAGGAGAGGCUGGCACCGGGCAGGCUGAGGUAAGGUGUGUGUGUGUGUAUGUGUGUGUGUGUGUGUGUGUGUGUGUGUGUGUGUG